AUGCGGUGGCAUUUAGGCUUGUUACCGUCGCUAAUAUUACAGGUAGGACUGCUGCAACCAUGCGCUGUCGCUACGACGGCGUCUGUUCAUGACGACUCAUGGCAGCCCGAGUAUGUCCUUCACGUAACCUUUGAAAACAUCACAAUGAACUGCGAGCAGCGCGAGUCGGUAAUUUUCAACGGCACUAUGCCAGGGCCGCCGCUGUAUCUCAAGGAAGGGCAGACAACCUGGGUCAGGGUCUACAAUGACAUGUCGGAUCUCAACUUCACUGUGCAUUGGCAUGGCCUCACUAUGCGCACAGCUCCGUUCUCAGACGGAACGCCCAUAGUAUCCCAAUGGCCUAUAGCUCCGGGCAGGUUCUUCGACUACGAAAUCCAUCCUGAAGUGGGCGACGCUGGUACAUACUUCUAUCAUUCUCACAUGGGUUUCCAAGCUGUCACGGCGCAUGGGCUAUUGGUGGUGGAGGAUCAAGACGAGCCACCAUACCAAUACGACGGAGACAUCCCUGUCGUAUUUGCGGACUGGUAUAUGAAGACAGAUGAAGAGGUGGAAAAAGGACUUACAUCCACCCCUUUCAAGUGGUCGGGAGAACCGAAUGCAUUGAUUUUCAACGACCGAACGGGAAAUAAAUCGUUCGAAGAGGCGCCAGAUGAUUCCUGCAAGCCAUAUAUCGUCGACGUGGAACCUGAUACUACCUACCGAGUUCGAUUCGUUGGAGGGACCGCCAUUUCUUUCGUCCAAUUUGGUAUUGAAGACCACCCGAACCUAACUGUUAUCGCCGCGGAUGGGCUGUAUUCGAAACCCGCAACCACAGAUCAUAUUCAAAUCGGAAGUGGUCAACGAUUCGACGUUUUAUUGAAGACUAAGACUCAGGAAGAACUGGAUGCAGAUGAAAAGAAUGGUCAGUACUGGUUCAGGUUCGAAAGUCGCGGACGUCCGGAGGAUAUGGGAGGAUAUGCCUUGCUACAAUACAACACGACCAGCAGUUCAAGCAAUUCUACAGCAAAGUUCAGAAGAACUCCCAGGUCUGACCGCGGCUCGUCUAAACCACAAAGCAACGACGAUCUGCCAAACUUCCCUGACAAAUCGCCUGUCACGUUGCCACCAGAUGGUGAUGAAAUAGCUAAGUGGUUGGAGUAUACCCUAACACCGCUAAAUGUGACUACCCCAUUCCCCACGCUCUCCGAGGUGACGCGAACGCUUUAUAUCACGGUUAACCAAGAUAUCAUUAACGGUUCGUACGACGGAGGUACUAUAACGGGAUCAUUGGUGUGGGAGCAGAACAACCUUUCAUGGACCGAAGUGGAAGCACAAAAACUUCGUUACACACCAUACCUUAUUGAAGCAUACGUCGAAGGGAAGACCCCGGAUUACGAAGCAGCACUCGCUAAUAAUGGAUGGGACCCGAAAACCCGGGCGUUCCCCGCUUUAGUUGGCGAGGUACUUGAUAUAGUGUGGGAAAGCAACUCAGGCCCAACCGGUGGAUUUGAGUACCAUCCCAUGCAUGGGCAUGGAGAGCAUUAUUGGGAUCUCGGAGCAGGAAACGGGACAUACGAUGCCGCCUCUAACGAAGAGCACUUCAAGAAUUACACGCCUAUGAAGCGCGACACAACAAUGCUGCAUCGAUACACAUCUAAGGGCGAAGACAACACCACGGCCGGUUGGCGAGCAUGGCGAAUCCGAGUAACUGAGGAUAAUGUCGGUGCCUGGAUGAUGCAUUGCCACAUCCUGCAGCACAUGAUUAUGGGUAUGCAAACCGUCUGGGUGUUUGGCGAUGCGGUAUCUAUCCUUCGCGAAAUCCCCCCACCAUACGUUAGCGGUUAUCUCGAAUAUGGCGGAGACGCAUACGGUAACGAAACGUAUGAUCCGCUAGUCCUAGAAUACUACACGCCCGGGGUGACCGACUAG